CUACAAUAGCAAUUUAUCUGGUGGUUGUGCUUGAUAAAUGGCUCGAGUUUUUGGCUGGAAUAACAGUAAAACAUCCUUCAACUAAAACUUGUGUCAUUUCCAUUGCAUCUUAUAGCGUAUUGGAUUUAUUUAAUCAUAAAUUAAAACAACCAAUACAUCUUAAUAAGACUGAAGAGGCGUUAAAAGAAGAAUUAAAUGUAGCUGUACCGCAAUUAUUUUCAACUACACCGAGGCCACAAGAAGUAGUAGAAAAAAAGCCAAAGCCAGGGCCAACUUCUUGUCUACCGCUUUCACCAUUCAGCCCUAAGAAAAUUUUGAAUUUAAAU